AUGCCGCGCAGUCUGAUGUCCAGCGAGGAGGAGAUGGCUCAGAGUUUCUCAGACUCGGGCAGCUCGGACUCGGACAGUUCGAGAGAUGAGCGCCCCUGCGCCGAACGGCCCACCAGUGGCCGACUGGACAGCAGCCAGAGAGACUCGUUACUCAUCUGUGUGGUCAUCCCUGAUCUUCAGCAGUCUAAAUCCAUGAGGUUUAAGUCUGAUGCCACGGUCUGGGCGGCCAAGCAGCAGAUCCUGUGCACACUCACCCAGAGUCUGAGGGAUGUACUGAACUACGGGCUGUUUCAACCAGCCAUAGAUGGCAGAGAGAGCUGCUUUCUGGAGGAAGAGAGACCGCUGAGGGACUACCCACUGCCCACCACCAAGGGCGUGCCCACUUUGGAGUUUCGCUACAAGAGCAGGGUGUACCAGCAUGCCAACGUCAAUGAAAAGCUGAUUGAAAAGCUCCAUACGCAGGCCAACCUGAGGAAGUUCAUGGAUUAUAUCCAGCAUCAUCAGGUGGAUAAAGUCUCUAAGAUGCUGGAGAGAGGUCUCGACCCAAACUACCACGAUCCAGAGACGGGGGAGACCCCUCUGACCCUGGCAGCCCAUCUGGACAAUGUGGUGGAGAUCAUAACAGCACUGAAGAAUGGAGGAGCCCAUUUGGAUUUCCGCUCUCGUGAUGGGAUGACUGCGCUCCAUAAAGCUGUCAGAGCCAAGAACCAGAUCGCUCUCAAGGCCAUGCUGGAGCUGGGGGCGUCUCCGGACUAUAAGGACCGUCAGGGUCUGACUCCGCUCUACCACACAGUGACCGUGGGUGGUGACCCCAGCUGCUGUGAGGUGCUCCUGCGUGCCCAUGCCACCGUGGCCUGUCACGACGAGAACGGCUGGCACGAAGUCCACCAGGCUUGUCGAUACGGCCACGUCCAGCACUUGGAGCAUCUCCUAUUCUAUGGAGCUGACAUGAGUGUGCAGAACGCCUCUGGGAACACAGCCCUACAUAUCUGUGCCCUCUAUAAACAGGAGAAUUGUGCCAGAGUUUUGCUGGUGCGGGGAGCCAGCAAGGACGUCAAGAACUACCGCGGACAAACUCCCUUCCAGGUGGCCAUAAUUGCAGGAAACUUUGAGCUGGCAGAGUUCAUAAAGAACCACAAAGACACUGAUAUUGUGCCUUUCCGGGAGGCUCCGGCGGCGUGUUCAGGCAGGGGCCGGCCACAGCAGCCGCAGACGGGCAGGAGUACUCUGGCUGCUCCGCGGGUGCUCCUGCGCUCCAACAGUGACAACAACCUGAACGUGAAUAAGCUCCCUGCGGCCCGCUCGCCUUUGCGCUCGCCCUCGCCCCUGCGCAGCCUGUCGCCCCGCAGGCCCCAGCAGAUGCAGAACAGCCCUAAUGGCACGGUGAAGACCAUGGGCCGGGGGAGCCGCCCCCCGCGCAGCCGAUCGCCCUCUCUGGGCCGGCUGGGGGAGGGCGACACCCGGAGACACACCCCCCAGCGCCACAGCAGUCCACGUCCCAGUCGGGAUGGCUUCUCCGGUGCGGACACUCCAGGGUCCAAGCGCAAGCUGUACAGUGCGGUCCCUGGCAGGCACUAUGUGGUGGUGAAGUCCUACCAGCCGCAAGCAGAGGGCGAAAUUGCCCUCUAUAAGAAUGACAGGGUCAAAGUGCUCAGUAUCGGUGAAGGAGGAUUCUGGGAGGGCAGUGCUCGAGGGAACGUCGGGUGGUUCCCUGCAGAAUGUGUGGAGGAGAUCCCCAACAAAGCCAACGAAGACCGACCCUAUGCCAGGGCAGACCGAUCUGAGCGACGGAAGCUCUUUCGGCAUUACACCAUGGGAUCGUACGACAGCUUUGAUGCAUCAAGCGACUGUGUGAUCGACGAGAAGACGGUGGUGCUGCAGAAGAAGGACAAUGAAGGCUUCGGCUUCGUGCUGCGAGGGGCCAAAGCCGACACCCCGAUCGAGGAGUUUACCCCCACACCGGCCUUUCCCGCCCUGCAGUACCUGGAGUCUGUGGAUGAGGGAGGAGUGGCGUGGCAGGCUGGACUCCGGACUGGAGACUUCCUCAUCGAGGUUAACCAGGACAAUGUGGUGAAGGUGGGCCACAAACAGGUGGUUAAUAUGAUUCGACAUGGGGGAAAUCGUCUAAUCAUCAAAGUGGUGACAGUCAGCAGGAAUCUGGACCCCGAUGAUAAGUCUCGAAAGAAAGCUCCUCCGCCACCCAGGAGAGCUCCUUCCACUGCUCUCUCCACGCGCUCCAAAUCCAUGACAUCAGAACUGGAAGACAUGGUGGAUAAAGCCACUUUGAGGAAAAAGAAGGAUGAUCAGCUUUCAGAUAUUGCGGCUCUGAAGAAGAGGAUUGUUUUUCAAGUCACCCUAAAUAAAGUGGAGGAGGUCGUACCUCCUCAGAAGCCCGUUUGGGACAACUCGAAUGUGGACGUGAGGGUGGCGGCCGUUAAACCGCGGCCUACCAGCAGGUGUUUCGCCGUGGCCCCAGAAAUGAAUUCCCUGUGCAAUAGCCAGGACGUAUCAGUGGACUCCCCGCCAGUCACAGGAAGUCCUAAAGGCCCUUACCUGGGUGUACCAAAGGGAACCAUGCGUCGGCAGACCUCCAUAGGAACCACAGGGGUAACGGAAGAAGAAAAGCAGUUUCUCACUCCUCCCAUGUUGAAAUUUACAAGAAGCCUCUCAAUGCCCGAUUCAUCAGAGGACAUUCCGCCCCCACCAGCCAUCUCCCCUCCAUCUCCACCUCACAACAGUGCUCCUCCACCUGCCGGUAGCGGUUACGGCACAAUCCGACCAGGUUUUACCACGCAAAGCCCUGCUGCAAACAGCACGGCCCCAGACAGAGGAGGAGACUCCACCCUGGGUUCAGGGUGGAGAGAACAGGGCAUGUAUUACAGAGACAGCCCUGAACAGUACGACUCUGAGGGCUGCAACAGCCCAACCGCCCAGCAGAGCCUUCACAUGCGCCGGGCCCAGAUCCCUGAAAACCCAUACUCGGACGUUGGCAAAGUGGGUCACUCAGCCCUGUUUGUGCCAAAUAAGCCCGCAAGGAGGAAGGGCAUGUUGGUGAAGCAGUCCAAUGUAGAGGACAGCCCAGAGAAAACCUGCUCCAUCCCCAUCCCCACCAUCAUCAUCAAAGAACCCUCCACCAGCAGUAGCGGCAAGAGCAGCCAGGGCAGCAGUAUGGAGAUCGAGACCAGUACGCCAGAGCACACGGGCCAACUUCGCCCAGAGGACAGCCUCAACACAAGCAGCCCCUUUGUGUCCGCCAUGGCCUCUAGCUCAGCCAGGGAGAAGAGGCUGGAGGUGCACAGGAACUCGCCAUCUUUCAGAUCCACAGACGCUGGUGAUGAGGAUGUUGCUCCAACGCCGGCCCCACGUUUGCGACACUCCAAGUCCAUCGAUGAGGGCAUGUUCAGCAGUGACGAACGUUUGCGCAGGCUCAUGGCGCCUCCUUCGUCCCUGCUCAGCAUCCCACGAGGAGGAGGCAAUGUGACUGACUUUAACAGCCCAGAGCCCACUAUGGUACGGGAGCUUCUGAACACUCGUACAGGGCACAGUCCCAUCAGCUUGCCGGCUCACAAGACUUACAGCUCAGGGAGCGGAAACUAUGUCCACCCCGUUACUGGGAAACCUCUGGACCCCAAUUCCCCAUUAGCCUUAGCACUAGCUGCCAGAGACCGGGCCAUGAGGGAGCAGUCCCAGCCUCUGCCACUUAAGAGCGACCCAUCCAAGCUGGACCUCAACAAGCCACUCUUUAUCGACACAAAGCUUCGGCCCAAUGUGGAAGUGAGCUUCUCCAGCACUGCCACCAUGGGCCGGCCGCGGGGAGGCCUGCGGAGACAGAUGACAGAGUCCAAGUAUGAGACCGAGUCCAAGUACCAAUUGGACCUGGGCAAGCCUGAGAAGAGGGUGGAAGAGAAAAAGAACAUGUUGAUUGACAUUGUGGACACCUCACAGCAAAAGUCAGCAGGGUUACUGAUGGUCCACACCACAGAUGGGGCCAAAUCAGAUGAAAACAGUCUGUCCGAGGGGGAGAGAGAUGAGGACGCCUGUCCGGACAGCACCCCUGGAGAACUCCGUGAUCCCAACCAACCGGCACCUGCUAACCCUGCACCCAGCAAGCCUCUGUCCGCUGCACCACAGGGAAAGACUAUCAUCACUGUCAGCUCUGUGGACGAACCCGUCAAACUCCCCUUUGGUAUCCCUCCACCCCCUCUGGCCUCUGUCGACAUUGAUGAGGAGUUUGUGUUUGGUGAACCCCUGCCUCCCCCAUUAGAGUUUGCCAACAGUUUUGAUAUCCCCGAAGAUCAGUCAGGGACGAUCUCCGAGCUGCUGAAACAGAAAGCCAACGGCAUGAGGCGACCUUCUCUUGGUCCCUACUACCCCCACUUAACCACUAGCAACUCUGAGAUCAAGAGACCGACAGUCCUUACCAACUGCACACCUCCUAGCUUCCCCACAGGGCCUCUUGAACCCUACGAGCCCAUUAUCGACUCAGGCAUUGAGGUGGACAGCCGGAGCAGCGGAGACCCCCAGCUGGAGACCACCAGCACGGUCUCCACUGUGUCCAGCAUCUCCACUUUAUCAUCGGAAGGAGGAGAGACCCUGGACACUUGCACCGUCUAUGCAGAUGGACAGGCCUUUCUGGUGGACAGGGCGCAGGUCCUGCCCAAGCCGAAGGCUAAGCACACCGUCAACAAGAGCAAUGCACUUUAUAAGGACACCUUGAACGAGGAGAGCAUGGGCUCUUUCAGGGUGCCCUCCUCAGUCCCACCACCGCCCCCAGGAAGCGCCCCGCCAGAGCCUCUGAAAACCCCAACACAAAGAACCUCAAAGCUCUGGGGUGAACCUCUGGAUCUGAAGAACCCCCACGGCCCAGAGGCCAAGCCCCAGGGGAUGGCCGAAAUGAACUCGGUCUUGCAACACGUCAACAAGGACAAAGCACCAAAGCCAGGGGAAGCGUUAGACUCUCCCACAGGAUGUAGAACUCAUUUCGGAACGAGAAAUCCGGACGCCGUGGUGUCCCUUGUCUCAGGUACCCAGCAGAACACCGCCGUCUCCUUCAGCACCCAGCCCGGCCAGAACGUGCCUGCUUCCCCGUCGCCGUGUCGACAGUCCGAGAGCUUGCCCUCCUCCCCACACCCUUCGCACCCCCCGCAACACCCUCACCAUCCGCACCCCCGCGCCCCGAGCCCCAUCAUGUCCCCCCCAGACUCGGGCCUGAGCUGUGCCUCCUCCUCUUCACUUCCGGCCUCGGCCGCCUCCCCCACCCUGACGGACGUGUUCGGGCUGCCCACGCCGCCCCUCAGCCUGGGCACGGGCCGCAGCCGCUCGCCCUCACCCCUCACCCUCAUCCAAGCCGCCUCCAACAAGCCUUUCGCCACCAAGCCCGUGCUGGCCUGGAGCAAGCAGGACGUGGCCGACUGGCUGGAGAGCCUAAACCUGGCCGAGCACAGAGACGCCUUCAUGGACAACGACAUCGAGGGCAGCCACCUGCCCAGCCUGCAGAAGCAGGAUCUCAUCGACCUGGGCGUGACGCGCGUCGGCCACAGGAUGAACAUCGAGCGGGCGCUCAAGCUGCUCCUGGACAGAUGAGACUGGGCUUUGCUUCGCCGGUGGACGUCAGCCUUCUUUUGUUCAUAAAGCUUUGUUUUUUUUUGUUUGUUCCUCUCUCUUUUUUCUUUUUCAUUCACUUAUUUUAAUAAUACCUUGUUCCUCUCAUUGCCUGCAGUGGAUUUUUUUUUCCAAGGAGAGACAUGUCCUGAAGAAAAAAUACUCCAGUUUUGACACACAGCGCUAAGACAAGCACAAAAGCUCCUUCGUACCAACAAAAGCCCCAGCCACUAACGGGACACUGUAUGGAGUCCAUGCGUUUGAGACGACCGUUCAUUCUCUCUUUGGCUUUUACUUUCGGGCCUGGCGUGAAUGCACUGAAAACCAGCAGAGCUGGCCGACCAUUUUCUAUCUUUGCUAAGACGACUGAUUAUCCAGAGAAUACUUCUUCAGGAAAAAGGGAAGGUCCGUGUAUCAGCUGCCUAUGAAAUAUUGUGCUUUUUUAUUAUAUUUUUUGUUCCUUUUACGCAUUCAGUUCGGAAGUAGACGGAUCUGUAAGACGUGUGCGGUUGGUGCCAUGUCGUUCCUCAGUUCACAUCGCUCACGGUCCUGGGACAGACGUGUUCACCAGGUCACUUCUCUGUAUGUGCGCACCCGACGCCAUGAGAGCGAGCUGCCAGCUUUCAUCUCUUUGUCUUUGGUUAUGGUUAAAAUUAGAUAUUCGUCUGAAUGGGUUAACAAAA